AUGCCGCCACUCAAAUCCGCCCGUCCCUUCCUCAUCAACCACCACCCAUCACACCACCAACGCCGCACCUUCCUCCCCAACCCCUUCACCUCCCUCACCCCACCUACCUCACCCCCUCAAAUCCUAACCGCAACUCGCACCCUCCCCUAUCCCUCUCCCCCUGUCUACUCCAUAAUCGCCGACGUCCCCGCCUACUCCUCCUUCCUCCCCUACUGCACCCACAGCACCGUAACGCAAUGGUCCCUACCAGACCGCCAGUACCAUCGACGCUGGCCUUCUGAAGGAAUCAUAACAACGGGUUUCGGCGCUAUAACCGAGAGUUUCCGGAGUCGCAUUUAUUGUGUGCCUGGUAGAUGGGUUGAGAGUGUGGGGGGAGAGGCGGAGACGGAGUUGAAGGGGGUGGAUGUGGCGCAUCAUUUUGAGGGGGAGGGGCAAGGGAUGCAAGGGAGGAGGGAAAAGGGAGAGAAUGGGUUAUUGACGUAUUUGAGGAGUAAGUGGGAGGUUGAAGAGGUGAGGGAGGCGCAGACGAGAGUGAGUUUGGUGGUGGAGUUUUCGUUUGCGAAUCCAGUGUAUGCGGCGUUGAGUGGGGGCGUGGCACCGAAGGUGGCGGAAUACAUGGUGAAGGCUUUUGAGACGAGGGUGCAGGAGGUUUUGGAGAGGAAUCCGGAAAUGGUCACGGCGAGUCUGGCGGAUAUGGAGGGGAGUGCGAUGAAGAGGAAGUAA